UUGAACUUGUGACCUCAUCCCCAAAUGAAAAUGCAAAAUGACAAUGAAUCUGUAACUGAAAUCAGAACCGGCAAAAAGUAGGCUUGCACAUCAGCCAAAAGCAUGAAUUCUUGCCUGUUUUUCCUCACCCCCAGCAACAAAAUCAUGACCAGAAAGCAAGAAUAUCUCUCUUAAAUUUGAAUCGAAAUUGUUGGUAACACAAAACAUUGAUGAUAAAGAAAUGACAAAGAUAAAAUGGCUGGAUUUGGUGUUAUUUGGGGCAGUUCUGGUUGCUGUUUCUUCAAGUGAAGUAGGCAUGGCAGAUCCACAGUUUAGUGCAAUGUUUGUAUUUGGUGAUUCGUUAAUCGAUCCAGGAAAUAACAACUACUUGAAUUCCUUAGCAAAAGCCAAUUACGUACCUUAUGGGGUGGAUUUCAGUGAAGGGCCUUCUGGUAGAUUCUCCAAUGGAAAAACAAUAAUAGACUACUUAGGAGACUUGUUGGAAAUUCCCGCUUUACCAGCUUAUACAAAUCCUUCUGCUACUGGAAAAAACAUUCUGAGGGGAGUGAACUAUGCUUCUGCUGCUGGAGGAAUUCUUGAAGAAACAGGACAAAAGUGA